GAUGUAUCACGACGUUUUUUGCCUUUGCGAGCCAGAGUGGGCGUGGCCUGCGUGUGAUGCAUCUGGCCCGUGGGCUGCCAGUUUACAUCAUUGUAAUUAUCUAGUUUUCAUAUGGAUUUCUGAGCUCAGGUGCGGUAUGAUAGUGCAAAGUGGAAAUUCAAGAUGCAGUUGAUGGAGGGAUGCUCAAAGCAAUAACUAGUGGGCCCCGGGGUCAGAUGAUGUGAUCACAAGUCUCAAACCUUUUAAAUUCUUCAGGAGUGCUGAACUACCAGCCAACUUCGGAAAAACUGUUUUAGGGCAAUCAGGAUUUCAGGAAACAGAUCUCCCAACUAUAACAAAACCAAGUGAAGGGAGGAGGAUCGAUACCAUAGCGAGUGACACUAACAGCCAGGAAUCAUUGAUGAGAAACGGUAAUCCUCUAUCCCUAAUUUACGAAAUACGGAAGUUGAUCCUUCUGAAGGGAUUGCUUCUUUUCAGAUGGCACCUCUGCAGAGCCUCGCUUUCUCUCUGAAGCCCCCCCCACCACCACCACUCCAAGAGGGCACACGGUCCUGCAAGAAGCAAUGCUGUUUGAGUGAAGCCCUGCCAACGCCUUGGAGCAAAGAGAAGGGAAGACACGCGCUUCGGAUCUCUUGCUCCCGCCAGUUUCGCUGCCCUACUAGGAGUUCCGCCUGGUGAGGGUAAAAAAAAAAACGGAGCCGGGAAUGGGAGCUCCGGGGUUUGAGUCGCCACUUCGCCACAUGAUCCGGCCAUCGCGUGACCCCAACUCUAAGCUGGAGGAAGAACAGGACAGAAAGCCUGCAAGAGCUUCCUAGGAGCGAGCGAAAGCGCGCGGCCCUUCCUCCCACCCCGACCCUCUAGUCUCCCAAAAACUUGCCAUGGCCUCUCCGAGGCUGGAAACUUUCUGUUGCCCCAACCGGGACGUCUCCACGAAGCUUGUGGUGUCUUUCAAGCCGGAGGUCUUUUGCGGGGUCUGCCUUGGCAGCGCCUCUGCCGGGAUUCUCUUGAGCGCCCUGCAGCUCCUCCCGAAGAAGGGCCGGGGCUCGCGGGCGAUUUCCAAGGCUUCCUCCUCCACAACCAUCCUCCUCUUCAUCUCCGCCUGUGACAUGCUGGGCUCGCUGGGUAUAAUCUUCCGAUCUAUCAUCUGGUUAGGGUUCCCAGACUUUGUGGCAAAUAUAUCUUUAGCGAAUCAAACUAAUAUAUGGCCUGCUACAUUCUGUGUAGGAAGUGCGAUGUGGAUUCAACUUUUGUACAGUGCUGUCUUUUGGUGGCUGUUUUGCUAUGCUGUGGAUUCAUACUUGGUAGUUAGAAGAUCAGCAGGAGUGAGUACUAUUGUGUUAUACCAUAUGAUGACAUGGGGCUUGGCAAUUUUGCUGUGCGUGGAAGGAGUUGCUAUGCUCUACUAUCCUUCAGUUUCUAGUUGUGAAAAUGGAUUGGAGCAUGCAAUUCCUCAUUAUGUCACCACGUAUGUUCCACUGGUGCUUGUUUUGAUGGCCAACCCAAUUCUUUUCAGUAGAACUGUGGCUGCCGUUGCAUCUUUAUUGAAGGGAAGACAAGGAAUCUACACAGAGAAUGAAAGGCGGCUGGGGACAGAGAUUAAAAAUCGCUUUUUCAAAAUUAUGCUGAUCAUAAUUGUUUGCUGGUCAUCAAAUAUCAUAAAUGAGGGUCUUCUGUUCUACCUGGAAAUGCAACCAGAUAUCAGUGGAAGCUCCUUGAAAAAUAUCAGAACUGCAGCACUGAUCACAUGGAUUAUAAUGGGAGUGCUGAACCCCAUGCAAGGCUUUCUUUUUACAUUGGCUUUUUAUGGCUGGACUGGUUGGAAUCUGGACUUGCAGUGGCAGAAAAGCCCAAUUCCAUGGGAUUCUCUGUCCACCUCAACUGCUGCUGGAAAUGGCUAUGCUUUGCCAAGCGGAAACUCGGUGAAUUUCCAUGACUCAAAGAAAACAUCAACAGUGCCCAUCCAUCAGACAGAUGAAACUUUAAGCAUACUGUCUGAAGGAAAUCUGGGCACCAGUGAGGGAUUAAUGAAGAAUUCUCCUGUCUACCAAGGCUGGUAAACUUCAGGAUUCACUCACACAUUCACUGGCAAGAUUUUAACUGCCUUAAAUACUGUUAGCUUAUUUAUUCAAUUACUAGAUCAGUGCUGAGGAAUGAAUGGAUACAUGAUCCAGACCUUGAAGAAAUGUUCCACUUAAUAUUUACACAAGGUGUUUUUUAAAUGGGAUUUUCUAAUCCUUUAUUUAAAAAAGCAAAACAAAAAAUAAAUGGUUGUUGAGGCAAAUAUGAUACUAGUAAAUUCUGAGCAUGUCAGAAUGAAGUACCAGUAAAUUCUUUAAUGUACUUCUACAGGUGAAACUCGAAAAAUUAGAAUAUCGUGCAAAAGUUCAUUUAUUUCAGUAAUGCAACUUAAAAGGUGAAACAUAUAUGAGAUAGACUCAUUACAUGCAAAGCGAGAUAGUUCCAAGCCUUGAUGUGUCAUACUUUUGAUGAUUAUGGUUUACAGCUCAUGAAAACGCCAAAUUCACAAUCUCAGAAAAUUAGAAUAUUGUGAAAAGGUUCAAUAUUCUAGGUUCGAAGUGUCCCACUCUAAUCAGCUAAUUAAGCCAUAACACCUGCAAAGGGUUUCUGAGCCUUUAAAUGGCCUCUCAGUCUGGUUCAGUAGGAAUCACAAUCAUGGGAAAGACUGCUGAUCUGACAGUUGUGCAGAAAACCAUCAUUGACAUCGUCCAUAAGGAGGGAAAGCCUCAAAAGGUAAUUGCAAAAGAAGUUGGAUGUUCCCAAAGUGCUGUAUCAAAGCACAUUAAUAGAAAGUUAUGUGGAAGGGAAAAGUGUGGAAGAAAAAGGUGCACAAGCAUCAGGGAUGACCUCAGCCUGGAGAGGAUUGUCAGGAAAAGGCCAUUCAAAAGAGUUGGGGACUAUCACAAGGAGUGGACUGAGGCUGGAGUCAGUGUAUCAAGAGCCACCACACACAGACGGAUCCUGAACAUGGGCUUCAAAUGUCAUAUUCCUCUUGUCAAGCCGCUCCUGAACAACAAACAAUGUCAGAAGCAUCUUACUUGGGCUAAAGAAAAAAGGAACUGGUCUGUUGCUCAGUGGUCCAAAGUCCUCUUUUCUGAUGAGAGCAACUUUUGCAUCUCAUUUGGAAAACAAGGACCCAGAGUCUGGAGGAAGAAUGGAGAGGCACACACUGCAAGAUGCUUGAAGUCCAGUGUGAAGUUUCCACAGUCUGUGUUGAUUUGGGGAGCCAUGUCAUCUGCUGGUGUUGGUCCACUGUGCUUCAUUAAGUCCAAGGUCAACGCAACCGUCUACCAGGAGAUUUUGGAGCACUUCAUGCUUCUUUCCGCAGACGAGCUUUAUGGGGAUUCUGACUUCAUUUUCCAGCAGGACUUGGCACCUGCCCACACUGCCAAAAGUACCAAAACCUGGUUCAAUGACCAUGGGAUUACUGUGCUUGAUUGGCCAGCAAACUCGCCUGACCUGAACCCCAUAGAGAAUCUAUGGGACAUUGCCAAGAGAAAGAUGAGAGACAUGAGACCGAACAAUGCAGAAGAGCUGAAGACCGCUAUUGAAGCAUCCUGGUCUUCCAUAACACCUCAGCAGUGCCACAGGCUGAUGGCAUCCAUGCCACGCCACAUUGAGGCAGUAAUUGAUGCAAAAGGGGCCCAAACCAAGUACUGAGUACAUAUGCAUGCUUAUACUUUUCAGAGGUCCGAUAUUGUUCUAUGUACAAUCCUUGUUUUAUUGAUUUCAUGUAAUAUUCUAAUUUUCUGAGAUUGUGAAUUUGGGGUUUUCAUGAGCUGUAAGCCAUAAUCAUCAAAAUUAUGACAAAUCAAGACUUGAACUAUCUCGCUUUGCAUGUAAUGAGUCUAUCUCAUAUAUUAGUUUCACCUUUUAAAUUGCAUUACUGAAAUAAAUGAACUUUUGCACAAUAUUCUAAUUUUUUGAGUUUCACCUGUAUGUCUUCUUCAGCUUGCAUUGCCAGCAAGACAAUUUUACUUAAUGAAAGAUAUUAGGGACUCUUAUAAUUCUAAUGAUUUACCUUAAAAUUGAAAACUAAAAACAUUCCACUGUAACCUAGUAUAUAAUUUACAAAGCAUUACAUGGCUUACUAUUAUUGCCUCCUUUUCUUGUUCGUUUCCUCAGUUGAAAUCAUCCUACAAUCUUAGUCAUAGCUGCUUCUCUCUCUUCUUCUUUCUUUCCUUAACAAGCAGAGAUGUGAUUGUGCUAGAAGAGGGGUAGGGAACAAUGGCCCUUUUAUGACUUGUGGACUUCAGCUCCCAGAAUUUCUGCCAGCCAGCCAUGCUCAGGAAUUCUGGGAGCUGAAGUCCACAAGUCAUAAAGGGGCCAUCCUUCGCCCCUCCUGUGCUAGAAGUUCCAUCACUCCUCUGAUGAUAUUGACUCCUUUAUUCUAACUACCUUCUGGCCAGCACUUAUAUCCAAAACACACGCUAGUUAAGAUUUAGUUCUGCAUUCUGUUUCUCUACUGACCAAUUACACAGUUGUGAGUUAACUUUUGGAGUGGGAUGAAUUGCUUUGUAUUGUAUUAAUCAUUCCUGUGUCUUUCUAGAUACAUAUUACCAUCUUAACUGUGAUGGAAUGAUUUUUGUUAAAAGUAAUGCAUAAAAAAGGCAUGCACCACUAAUGCAAGAUGCAGUGAUACAAAUUAUGCAUGAAAGAUAACUAGUGGUAUUCAAAUUAGCAAUCGCCAAUAUCUAGAUUGCCUUGGUCUGCUACAUGAAACCAAACCAUAGAUUUUGUUCAACAAAUAAGUUAAAGGAAAUUAUAUCUUAGGAAGUUUGUAAACUAACAAUUUAGUUUUUGACCUUUAUUGUUAUUUCUUACACAAUACACUAUUUUUUAUAAAGAAUUGUCUAAUUAGCAUUUGUCUACACCUUCUGUCAAUCUAAAUUAGCCUUAUAUAUUGAUGGUGUAUUAUCAGCUAUGUAGAUAAUAUAAAAUCCUUUUCAUUGUUAUGAUGGGCCUGAGUGGCUGUUGUCAUAAUGCAUGAUAUAUAAAGCUCAGAAAACCUAUAAGCUACGGUAGUUUAAAAUUGCACUCUUUGUUAUGAUAUAUUUUAGUAGAACAAACAAUUCAUCUUCUCUUCUGCAGAAAGAAAAGGAUGGGAGUGUCUCAUAUUAAGCAAAAGGAUACUGAAUAUCCACUGAAGCGUUAAGAUGGUUAUAUACAAACAGAGCAAUGUGGCAUAACAAUUAUAGAUCUCAUUUAGGCCCAAAAUGCCACUUAUGACUUGUUAAAUUGACCUGAUAUACCAGGAAUAUAACGAUUAAAAAGGUAGAAUUUUGCCUGAGGAGACAUAAAUGUAAUAUAUUAGCUAUAUUCUCCUUCAUGUAUCAAGUAUUUUGCUAAUUAUACUCUUAUUGAAAAUUUGUUAUUAACAUUUAUAUCCCUCUAUAUGUUCAAAGCACUAGGAAUCUAUUUUGUUCUGUCUCCCAGGAUAGUAUCCAACUAGUUUUUUAUCUCAUUACAGAGAUCAAUUAAGAACAUAGUUAUGAAGACAGAAGACAGCCAGUCUGGGGUAGUGGUUAAGGCAUCAACCUAGGAACUGGCAGACCAUGAGGUCUUGCCUUAGGUUCAAUGCCAGCUGGGUUACCUUGGGCCAGUUACUUUCCCUCAGCCCUAGGAAGGAGGCAAUGGCAAAUCACUUCUGAAAAACCUUGCCAAGAAGGUUUUUUGGCAUUUGUCUGAGCAGUCUUUAAGAAUCUGGCAUGAUUGGAAGAAAUGGAGGUAGGAGUCUGGCUUGUAGAUGGUGGGGCUAGGUGAAGGAAAACUUGAGAAGGAACUGUUUGGUCCAUCAGCUUUUUGGCAACCAACCGAAAAAUGAAAGAUCUAACUAACAUUUAAAAAACCAGAGAAACCAAAACGUGCCUAGAUGGUGCAUACAGUGAAAACCAAUUAUCAACUGUUUUCUAGACUUGACAUGAGUAUAAUACCUGGGAUUGAUAAAACAGUUAAAAGUUGUAACCUUUUGAUUCCAAUUUUGUUAUGUUAAAUCUGAUCAUGCAUGUAAUAUUAUAGUGAUUUUAAAUAAACAAAGCAACAGCAGAAUUUUAGAAAUUAUUUAUGAGUUACCACUAUUUAAGCAAUAAAGUUUAAUUUUGGAACAAUCUUGGAAAAGUCCAAAUCUUAAGAAAGUUACUAUCAGACUGGCAAAUCUGGUCAAAGAGCUGGAACUUCUAAGUAAAACAAGUACCAAAAAUAUUUGAAAGCUAGUUUGAAAAUUUAUCAAGGCUGUUUUUUGGAGAAUUAGGAAGCAGUAGUGGAUAACAGAUACACAAUACACAAGAAAACACUACAGGCCUAGAUAUAUAAAACACAUCUGUAUAGUUAAACAUCCAGGAGUUCAUUAGAGUUGGGUUGAGUUGGAAUUUUCAGAUUUAUCAAGGGUUUCUGCAUUAUGAACAAAACAAGUAUCAGUUGUGGAUAUGGAUAGCGUAUUCAAGACCUUUCUCCUGGCCCAGAAAAUCAAUUGAAGUGAUAUUGUAAUAUUUGCUUGUUAAACCAAAGCAAAUUUCUAUCUGCUGCAUUAUAUAUGGACACUCUGGGAUCAAGAAUUGAAAGUUUGUUUCACUGACUUUUUGUUAGUGUUCUUUAUAAAUCAUUAUAAAGCUACAUGAUAUAAUCUUAUCCCAUUUCUACUAUAAAAGAUGAGUCCAAUUCAAUAGUCACCAGUGGGCGCAUUCAAAAAGAUUGAGAAAAUGUGUAGAAUUCAACUUAUUAGAAUGGCAACGGAAAUAACACCUUCACAUCUAUGUUUGUGAUUGUUUCUUUUUAAUUAAGGAAUACUUUCAGGCCACAUUUUCACAAAAAUAAAAGAAGCCUGGACUUUCACACAAACUGAAAGCCUAAUGCCUCUCAUACUGGGUAAAUUACCCAAUAUUGGGCAAAAGUGGUAUUUCUUUGGCAACCCAUUGCCCAAUUACAACAAGAACAUUUAAAUAAGGACUUUCUGAUCAGCAGUUUUGGGUAAUGAAUGAGAAAGUUUGGGAAACACAGCUGAAAUCUCAUUUAUUUGUUGAUGCAUUAAAGAGGUUCAAAGGAGGGAAAGAAAAAUAAUGCAACAUUAACUUUGAUGACUGAAAGUCACAUUUCCAAUCCCAAAUAACAUUGUAACUGCAUUCAGCUGUUUUCCUGUCAAUAGUAGGAAACUUACGUUUUUCCACUGUGGUUUUUCCAUCUAUGCCAGGAGAUGGAAAAUGAGGCAAAACAUCAAAGUUUGGGUUUUUAACAUUUCAACUCUUAUUGGGACUUUGUAAAUUUGUAUAAUAAAAUUCUUGCUUUUAAGACUUUAAA